ACCUUUGUUUUGGUCUUCUCUUGCUAGAUCGUCGGUGACGACCGCGCUAUGAUGCAAUAGCUAGCAGCAAAGAGAUAUAUGCAUGAGAGAGAGAGAGAGAGAGAGAGAGAGAGUUGAACCUGCUCAGCUCAUCUCCCUCCCAUCAACAUCUACUAGACUACUGCUGCUGCUUUGUUGUUGUUAAUAGAGUUAGUCGCCGGCCGGUCACGCAUGGAGAAAGAUAGUAGCAAAGGCUUCGACGAUGAGAGCUCUGCAGACCACCAGGUGCUGCCGUCCGUCGGCGAUGGGGAGGGUGAUGAUGCUGGUGGCGCCGACGACGUGCCUCGCGCCGGUCAUGACGGGAGCUCAAGCAAUAGCAGCACGGUGGAGCUGGAUGAAGCCGGCGGGGACAGCGGCAGGAAGGCCGCCGGCGCCUCGCCGUCCUCGGUGCGGCCCUACGUCCGCUCCAAGAACCCCCGCCUCCGCUGGACGCCGGAGCUCCACCUCUGCUUCCUCCGCGCCGUCGACAGGCUCGGCGGCCAAGACCGUGCAACUCCCAAGCUCGUUCUUCAAUUGAUGAACGUUAAAGGCCUUAGCAUAGGCCAUGUCAAGAGCCAUCUCCAAAUGUACAGGAGCAAGAAGAUCGACGACUCCGGCCAAGUGGUAGGUAAUACUGGUUCAUGGAGAGAUCUUCAUCAUCAGUUGCAUGACGGGGGACAAGCGUACAACUUCGGCCAUCUCUCCUUGCAUCACGGCCAGACUGGUGCUAGUACCAUAUUGUCAGCAAGGUUUGGUGCAUGGCCCCAUUGGAACAAUUUCCAUGAUCCAUCAUAUUUGCUUCACAGUCGCCAUCUUCUUGGAUCAAAACCCUACUACUCAUCAACAUCUGAAGCGGACGCAUUCCUUAGAACUCGCGCUCAGUAUACUGCUAGAGCUACUAGCAGCACUCCAGCGUGUACUCUUCAAAGGUGUUUAACAUAUCAAAAUGAUCAAUUCAUCAUGAAUCAUCAUCAACGACGUCUGCUGCACAAUGAGGAUAAUAUCCACCAUGACCCUCUUGAUCUUGAACUUGCAUUGGAUAUCGGCCCAAGCCGGGACAAGAGAAUAAAGAGAUCACUAGGAUGUAGCUGGGGAAGACAUCAAGAAGAGGAGAAUGUCGAGAAUCAAGAAGUUGAGAGUGCUACUGAUGAUACUCAGCUAUCUCUUUCUUUGCUCCCGUCUCCUUCUUCUGUGAGGACCAGUAGUGGUGGUCAUCAUAAAGUCCUAGGUCUCAAUAUGGAAAAGGGGACAACGCAUCCAACAAGGACAAGUACUCUUGAUCUCACCAUAUGAUCUAGCUAGCGCAAUGUGGUGAUAUCUUGCGGUACUUAUCCAUUUAUGUAGAGGAAGAUACAUGAGUAUGAAAUAUCUUCAUAGGUAGAGCUAUUCAUUCUAUAUACAUGCAUAUAUGAUCUUUUGA